AGCGCAGAGUGAGUGUGUGCUGAUUGUGUUCCUCUUUAUUUUUUCUUGAAAACAUCUCUGUGGAAAAAAAAAAAAACAGUUGGAAAACUUUUCCAGGUCGGACAACCAUGAUGUUUCCCUGCAGCGCUCUGCCCCCUCCUCUAUACCCGGGCUUACUGCGUCCCCCCGCGGCUCUCUCCUUGCCCCUGAACCGCUCACUCCACUCAGGCUUCUUGGUAGAAGAUCUGCUCCGAUUAAGCCAGCCUGUCAGCUUCAUACAUCGGACUUUCUCUUCCAGAAGUCCCGUGGACAUCCUCCCGCUCAGCCCGGGCCCGGGCGGCCCUCCCCGGGCGUUAGAAGCCGGCACAGAGCGCUCUGUGCUUCAGAGCCCCGUCCAGCUGAACCGCAGCAGCCCCGGCUCUCCGCAGACUGCCUGCCCGGACUCCGGAUACCUCAAGUUCGGCGUCAGUGCGAUACUGGCACCGUCCACACGGAGCGUCCAGAGUCUCCAGACCAAGUCCUUCCCUUUGCCUUUCUUUGAUGGAAGCCUUCAUCCUUUCCUGAGAGCUUCCUGUUUCACAGCCUCCUCCUCUGUGGUUCCUGUCCCCGGAACGUUUCCAUGGCCCCUGGCCCCCAGAGGGAAGCCCAGGAGGGGCAUGCUACGGCGAGCUGUGUUCUCAGACCUCCAGAGGAAAGCCCUGGAAAGAACUUUCCAGAAGCAGAAAUACAUCAGCAAACCAGACAGGAAGAAACUUGCCAGUAAACUGGGACUUAAAGACUCCCAGGUGAAGAUCUGGUUUCAGAACCGCAGGAUGAAAUGGAGGAACUCCAAGGAGAGGGAGCUGCUCUCAACAGGUGGCUGUCGCCAGCAGACCCUCCCCACCAAAACCAACCCCCACCCUGACCUCACUGACGUAGGCAGCACCCACUGCCACAGGCUCGACAGGACUGCACCCAUCAACGAGUCACAUCUUCACCACCAUCAUCAUCACAAUCCCUUUUCUCCGUCAGAGUCUAGCAAACAGUCAGAGCUCUCAGAGUCAGACAACGAAGAAAUCACAGUUUCCUAAGACCUUCAGAGAUCUGCUUACACUCUGAUUCUUUCUACACAACAGUCCCCUAUAAUGAGAUGCUGUCAGCUGUGAAGAACGGCAGGACAAAACAGGGAUUUAUCAAAGAAAUGGAAGUGAAUACCACAAGUGCUUGAAUCUACUCUGUACAUAGUCUUUGCCCCUCUGUGCCAUAUAUCUGUACAGUGUUGUUAAUAUUACUUUUAUAUGUAGUUCAGUGUAUCUAUAUACAGUAAAUAAAGUAUACUGAGCUAUUUUAGAUAUUUUGUAGAUCGAAAUGUUUGAAACUCUUAAAUAUACAAUUGUUUUUUUCCAUACAUAUUUGUAUUCUUUAUAUUUUCUCAAAUAAAUCUUGA